CCAAGCUACUCUCCGAGAUUCACCGACAAACAAACAAACUCCUGCAAAGGUUUAGGUGGAAUGGCGCCUCAGUUGCUUUCUUUACAAUACUGUCGAAGCAUGUGACUGAAACAUCUUGAACACUGGUCGUUACUAAAGCUUAGUUAAGCACACGUUGAACUUUCUUGUGACCCUUGUCAUAUGAAUAAUCAUGGCGGAGAGUGAUAGUGAUGAAAUAAUUGCCAUGCAACAUGAAUUUGAAUGGCUGCUUCAAGAAGAGGUCAGUGCAGUUUUGGAACAGUUGAAAGGAAUUUUAUUGGAAUGUUGCCAUAGAUUGCCUGUAGGUAUGCCUGGAGUGGAUAUAAUACCUAAAACAGAAAAGUAUUUCAUGAGUAAUUCCAGUUCAUCAACACAAGAUCAAGUGAAAGUUGUUGUAACCUUAUCAGGAGACAACAUUAGUCAUGCUGAUAUCAAUUUGCGCAUUCACAAGCACCAAGUUCCAUCACACAGAACAAUUGUACAAAAUGACUGCCAAUGGAAAUUGCAACAGAUCCAAGAUGCUGGAAACCACUUGAUGUUAGCCUUACAUCUAUUACCUUCUCAUGCUUCUACAAAUCAACAAAAUAAAUACAACUUUAGAUCAGCAGAGGAAGUAACAGAGAUGGUCAACAAGCUCAUGAGUUGUCUCCAGCGAGGUAGAGCCUGUUUGAUAAUACCGAAGAGAAAGACUAUAGAUGAACUACAGAAAAGCCGGAAUAUGAAAUCACUUCAACCUCCAUUGCCUAAUGAUUUGGCUGUUAGUUUCUAUGUUCAGGCUCAUAAACUAGUUUUUGCUGUUUACCAUCUGCAGAAAGACCAACAAGGCUCAAUGAAGUUUGAUGUUUAUCAGGCAGAGUCCUCAGUACCCUGGCUAAGUGAAGUGUUGGUACUUUUUACAGUUUCCCUCCAGUUAUGUCAGCAAUUAAAAGAUAAGGUGUCUGUGUUCUGUUAAUAUAAAGAGAUGAACAUGGUGUGAUGUGAGGCCUUCAGCUAUAGUUGGUGUUCACUCCUUUUGAGGUGUUGAUCUGUCGUGAAA